UCGCUGCUAUCUGAAUCGGCAAUAAGGGUCGAAGCCAGCACCUUGUUCACAUCUCCAGGUUUGAGAGCUAUGGAUAAUGAAAAGAAAGAAUCAACAAGUUUCAGUAAGGGAUUACUGCAGACUGAAGAACUUUAUCAGUAUAUCCUAGGGACUAGUGUGUAUCCCCGUGAAUCAGAGCACUUGAAAGAGCUAAGGGAUAUCACUGCUACCCACCCAAGGGCUGUAAUGGCUACUGCACCUGAUGCAGGGCAGCUAAUUGCCUUGCUCUUGAAGCUAAUAAAUGCAAAAAGGACAAUUGAAGUUGGAGUUUUCACUGGAUACUCUCUUCUUCUUACUGCUCUUACAAUUCCUGAGGAUGGCAAGAUUGUAGCCAUAGAUAUGAAUCGAGAGGCAUAUGAGAUAGGGUUACCAAUUAUCAGAAGAGCUGGUGUUGAUAACAAAAUUGACUUCAUAGAGUCUGAAGCUUUGCCUGUCCUUGAUCAGCUUCUUGAAGAUCCUGGAAAUGAAAACGGCUUUGACUUUGCUUUUAUUGAUGCUGACAAGAUCAAUUACUGGAACUACCAUGAGAGAUUGAUGAAAUUGGUGAAGGUAGGUGGGAUUGUUGUAUAUGAUAACACACUGUGGGGAGGAACAGUUGCAUUGUCUGAAGAGAGCACUCCAGAGGCAAUGAGAGAGGGCAGGCAGAGAACACUGGAGGUUAACAAAUUACUUGCAGCUGAUUCUCGUGUCCAAAUUUCACUUGCACCACUGGGUGAUGGUAUCACAAUUUGUAGGCGUAUUCUCUGAAUUCUUGAAGUUAUAAAUUGUUAUGCUCGACAAAGCUAUGCCAUUGCACUUGUUUAUAGUUCUUCUCAGCCUCAGAAGUAUCAGUUUCAGUUUCAAUGACUGCUGUAUCAGUGACUCUUCAACCAAUGAAUGUUCAUAUUCUUCAAAGUUAAUCAUCAUUGUUUAAUUCUGCUUAAUUCUUGUAUUAUUUUUGAUAAUAUAUAUUCACUGCAUUGUUUUGA